CAGAGGCCAUACAAGUGUACAUUUGAAGGCUGUGAUAAAUGUUUCUCCAGGCCAUACCAUCUGAAACGUCAUGCAGCUAUCCACUCAGGAGAGCAGGGUUCAUUUAAGUAUGGUGCAUUUUGUUAACUUUUCUUAAAAGGAUUAAAAAUAAGUGCUUUUUUUUAAAACAUUUGGCUAUAAAAAGUGCAAUAAAAGAAAGCAAUUUUGAAAAACAUUAAAAAAACACAUGACAAUGUUUCGACUUUCUCAGACGUCAUUAUAAAAAAUAGAAAAUCAUGUAUGUGUGUUCUAAAAUGUAUAAAUUAUGCAAGGAAAAAAACAAUACAUGUUGGAGAUCAUUAAAAGAAAGGUAACAUACUAUGUUACAAGUAAAACAAAGAGUUUCACACCAGUGGAGUCAUUCUGCAUUAUUUUAUUACAUUUAAAAAUAAUGUCACUUAAUAAUGUUAUUGACUGCUUUGUUUGUCUUACUUGUUUAAAAUGUAUGAUAACCAGAUGCUCCCAUCCUGGGUGUACAAAAACCUUUUCUGAGAAGCAAAACUGGAAAAGACAUGAGCAGAGGUCUCACAAUCAGCCUUUCAAGGUAUAAGAUGCUACUAAAUGUUAAUAGUUAAGGGAUAUUAAGAUCCAACCACGGCAAUGGCAGCAAGACGGUCAAAAAACUAAGAGGUAACUUAAUAAGCAAAAAACAAAUUUGAGACCUCCCAAGUCUCAUCAUUCUUCUGCGAGUCUCACAGUUUCCUUUUUUACUUUUCUCAGAGCCUUACAACAAAACCCCAAUUUCACGUUUUUUCGGCAAAUAUAAUAAUUGUAGUAAUAGUUAAUUCACCCAAUUAACAAAGGUUUGUUUAAUUUUGAGUGGGAAAAAAUAAAAUCUCACUUUUUGUACAAUGUCCAGAUUUUUUUUUUUACAUGAGUCUCCAGAUUUUUCUUUAUCAGGGGUUGACAGGUCUGAACUUUGCACGAGCAGGACACCUUUUUUUACAUUUUAAUUCUUUGCUGUUGCUUAAUCUUUAGUACAAUGUGAAAAUGUCUAAUUUUGCAUGUACAUGUACUACAUGUAUGGAGCAGGCAAAAAAUAAACCUUGGUGAAAUUUCCCUUCUCUUUCUGAACUUGGAUAUGGUUCUUAAAAUCUCAGAUCAUCUCCAGGAGAGUUCACCUUCAUUUGACAAAGUGAGUUAGAGUAUUUGUGAUGAAAAUUAAAAGAAAGCAAACUCACUUUUUAAGCGAUGUUGUUGCUGCUGUCACCAUCCUUGGAUCAUAACAUCCCUAAUUCAGUGGAGCCUCAGUGCAAUGAAGGACCAAGGGACUGACAAAUUAAAAUAUCUUUGCUAUAACAAGGUUUUGUUAUAUUGAGGUUCUUUUCUAUAAAUUUUCUAUUCCUGAGGUUUAAAAAAUAGUUCAUUAUACCGAUCGAGGACUUUAUUAUAAUAGAAGUUUGUUAUAUCGAGGUUCCACCGCAUUAUUGUUAAUAACAUGUUACAGUAGUUUAUAAUUACAUUAGGAUGGUGUUUAGUAAAGUUCAGUGGUAUACAAUGAAGAAAACUACAAUCUCUAUCUUCUGUACGUUUUACUUUUUAUACCUUUUAUUUUUUAAAAUGGGCAUGAAGGCCUUCUAAUAGAGGGCAAAGACACUAGGUAUUGUAUGGGAUUUUCCAGAAAGUCACAUUUUGGGGAAAAAAGGUGUGUGGUAUAUCUCUUGAGACUGUACAUUAUAUGUAGAUUUAGCAUACAGUGUACAACACUUUUGUUUUGUGGAAUACUAACACUAGAUUCACAAAAAAAUGGAAUACUGUUUAAUUACACAGAAUCUUAGAAACUUCCAGAACUUGUUGCCUAAAAACAUAGCAAGUACUUCAAAGAACAGCAGAAUAAAACUUGACAGAUGACAUCUGCUAUAUUUGAAGAAUACAAAUGUAUCUGCUGGACUAAACAUCCCUUUACAUCCUGAACUUGCCGUAAAACAGGCAUAUGAAGAUGGGACUUAACAUUGAUCAAGGUACAUUUAAGCAUAAUAUUUUAGCUGGUUUUUAAACCAGGAUUUUUUAAAUAAAAAAUGAAACAAUAUUAUUGGAUUUGGCUUUUACCUGAUUUGAAAAAUUAUGCAGAUCCUGGAGGGUGUUAUUCACCUCUGCCAAAACAUCCUUCCUCUGAUCUCCAUAAUUCAUACUCAGCCUUGUCCAAUACCUGUUAAUUAUCAUUAUGAUUAAACCAUUAUCAUUAUCCUGUCAUUAUCAAUAUUAGCUCUCAUUAAGAGGCAGGGUGCAAAGAAAAUCAUUUUUACAGCUUGCCAUUCGGGCAAGCUGAAACUAGCAUUUACUUAAGCCCAGACAUCAUUUCAACUAGCCCCAAAAACUUUUUGAUGAGCAGAAUUGAUUUCACAGUUCUACUGUUAUUCAGAUUCCUCAAAAAACAUCACUUGCCUACUGGGCAAGUUAAAAACAGAAUUCACUAGCCCAAUAGCAAAAUCCACUAGCUCCAGGUUAUCAGAGACUACUUUCUUUCCAUGCUGGGCUGGGGAUUUCCCCCAGCUACUAUGAAUGUGACCCCCAGCUACUUUCAAAGGCAAAUAGAGGAAAAAUUGCCCCUACUUGGCAACUGAAAAUAUUAGUGAUAACCCUGCUGUAUCAUAAACUUUCCUUUGGGCUUUACUAUUCAAGGGACACCUCCAUUCAGGGAAAACAAAAUUUGGUCCCAAAAAAAUGUUCACAUGAUCUUUGUAUUUGUUACCUGUAUUUAAGGAAAACCUCGAUUCAGGGGUAAGGGACACUUCAUGCGCCCCGAAACCCUGGUUUAUUACCUCCAUUAAGGGGACACCUUAAGCACUCAAAAUGUGACUGAAAAAAAAAUGGUUGAUAAGCCUAAGUGUACAUUAGCUAGUGACUCACAAUGAUGACAGAUUUCACAACAUGAACUAUCUCACUUUAAAUCAGUGUACUGCAGUUGUAGGAAUAGUAAACAUGCAAUAUUGUAGAGGCAAAUUUAUCAUAAUUUUUUUUAUACAUCUAGCUGCCUUAAAUAAUGAUGACAAGCAGAUUUCGAGGCAGUAUACAAAAAUAGUUUAUUUGUUCAUUACAUGUAUUAUGUAUUAUUAACAGAUCCCAGCCCAACCUCUAUUCAGGGGACAUUUACCUUGGUCCCAAGGGUGUCCUCUGAAUAGAAGCUUUAUGAAGUUAAAUAAAUAUUUAUUUAACACAGUUAACGACAAGGAGCACAGGCGUUUUCAGCGGUCAGUCGUUUGGCUCAAACGCGGUCACCCUUGCUUGCAUCACCUCCACGUGCUCAGUACAGUGUUUUCCUGGCGGGCAUUCUCUUUGUUUAGCCUUUUGAUCAUUCUUUUACUCCCAUUCCUCCCCCCUUUAUUCUUUCACUGUUAAUCAGUGUGGCAGGUGCCUGGUUCCAUUAGCAUGGGGGCUCAUGGCUAGAGGGCGAGGGUUUGCCAGCCAUGGGGGCGUAACUCUGUGUAGGGGCUGGCUGUGCCAAAGGUGGAAGCCCCUGGACAUCCUGGGCACCCACCUCAACUAAGCGACACAGUUGUUUAACUGUAUUAUUGUUGUAAUGUUGUAAUUUUUAUUAAGAUUUCCUGUGGCUUAUGAGAUCUGCGAUUUGAUUUGUACAAUGUCUAAUGCAAAAAUAGGUGUUUCUUUUUGUUUUAGCUUGACUGUUAGGCAUACAUGUAGUUACACUGUAUUUGUCAUGUUUGGUACUUGCAUUAAAGCUAAAGUUUUUUCCCCUCAUUAAAUGUAUUAGUACCAUAGCAUAUGCAAUAAUCUCAUAGCGCACUGAGGAAACACGAUAAAAAAAUUACGUCUUGUAAGUGACUUAUAUGUAUGCUGCACAAUGUACUUUUUCAAGAGUGGUGCCUAACACAUAUUUUUUUAACCAGUUACUGUAGUUUUAAUUGUUACAUGUACCUGUACAUGUAAGUGACUUACAUGUAUGCUGCACAGUGUACUUUUUCAAGAGUGGUGCCUAACACAUACUUUUUUAACCAGUUACUGUAGUUUUAAUUGUUACAUGUACCUGUACAUGUAAGUGACUUACAUGUAUGCUGCACAGUGUACUUUUUCAAGAGUGGUGCCUAACACAUUUUUUUUUAACCAGUUACUGUAGUUUUAAUUGUUACAUGUACCUUUUUAGUGUGGAUAUGAAGGAUGCAACCAGUCUUUUAAGAAGAGCAGUCAGUUGAAGAAACAUACCUGUCUCCACACAAAUGAAAGUCUAUUUACGUAAGUAACAUCAAUAAAAAAGUACUAAGUUGUAAAUGGGAUGGUAACGUGAUUAAGUUCUUUGAUAAGUACUGAACGUUUGCUUUCACUCAGUCCAUUCUUGGGUUGAUGGCACUUCAGAGUUAGAAAGAGGAGUCAACUUAAGUAGAAACAAGCUCUAGUCAUUGCUGUAGCUCAUGCCUGGAUCAUCAAAGACCCGAGGCGAUCUCAAUCAUAGACCAUUCUUCUGGCAGCCGUCUUUCUGAGCACCAUGGUGUGAGUUGCUCUCUUAGUUCCUUGGUGUAUUCUCCAAGUACAUCCACCAGACAGUCAGUCAUUUUCACGAACCUGAAUAAUUUAUUAGUUUUAGGAAAGUUGAAAGGGGAAUUGAGUAUUAACCUAGGUUAAAACCAGUUACAGUUGACUCUCUCUUGGUUCUUUGAUGUAUUCUCCCAGUACAUCCACCAGCAGACAGUUAGUCAUUUUCAUGAACCAGAAUAAUUUAUUAGUUUUAGGAAACGUCGAAAGGGGAAUUGAGUAUUAAGCUAGGUUAAAACAAGUUACAGUUGACUCUUUCGUAAUGGACACCUCUAUAAAACGGACACUUGCCUUUCUUUACUCCCUUUAUUUGACUUUAGACAGAGUUGACUGUAAUUUUAACCUAAAUUUCACUUUGAACUAUGACACUCUUCUUCGGGGUUUUAUGCUCUUUCUUUUUCUGUUCUAUUCCUCCAUCUUAGGCAUGCGAUUUCUCUAUGAUGUUGACCUCUGUACAUGUUCCCUCUUGUCAGUAAAUAAGAGAUAUGUCUGUUCGUCCUUCUGCCCUUUCUUCCAUUCAUCGACUAUUCAUCGUUCCCUCCUCUUUUUAUUUCUUUCUUUAUUUUUUACGUUUUUCACAAUUCCUAGGUGCCAAGUAGAAGGAUGCAACCGUGGUUUUGAUUCAGCUCCAAGGCUGCGGCGGCAUAUGAAAAUACACAACAAGGGUGAGUGUGAUCAGAUUGUCUGGCUGUUUCUUGAAAGGCAAUGUCCUUUUCUUUCACGUCAUUUCACGAUGUUUAGCGGUAGACCUUAACUUUACCUACUCUGGAAAGAAAAAAGGGCGGACAGAAUGACACAACAACAGGAUAUUCUGUCUGUGCUCACUAAUUCGAUUUGUGAUACAUCAACUACUUCUGUGUAAAUACCUUACACACAUACUCCCUAUGAAGUAUUCAAUAUGUCAUCCCCAUUUACAGGAUGCAAAGAAGGUCAGUUUUACAGCCUGCCAUUCGGGCAACCUGUAGCUAGCAUGUACUAGCCUACAAGUCAUUUCAACUAGCCCAAAAACCCUUUGUGAUUACAAUUCUGUAAUUUGAAUUUUCCCCCCCCCCCCAAAAAAAAAAAAAAAAAAAAAAAAACAGCACUUGCCCGUAGGGCAAGUUAAGAACAAAAAUCACUAGCCCAAUGGCAAAAUCCACCAGCCCUGGGCUAUUGGACAUGACUUUCUUUGCACGCUGAUGUACGUUAAAUACUGAAUGUUUUUCUUUUAUUCUGUCCAGGAUAUGUGUGCAGUGUACCUGGAUGUGCUGAAACCUUUGACAAAUUUUCUAAACUUGCCAUACAUGUGAGAAGUCAUGGUAUGAAAUUUUCUGUUCUGGUGCUCAUAAACUCUCCUGCCUCAAACUCUUCCCCAUCCCACACCCUGCUAAUUUCCCACUUACUUUAUUUUAUUACCCCCACAUCCUGUAUCCCUGUCACACGAAAAUUCCUAUAGGUACAAAAUAUUCAACAGCAUGCAUCUUGUAGGAGGCAAAGAUCGCUUAAUUGACCUGGAGAUGAUUUAACACCAACAACCACAACAACAUCUUUAUUUCUUACAUUAAAUAUACAAAUAUCACACCACCUGCAAAUAGCAAGGCUAAUCGAGGCAGGUGGUGUGUAGACGGCUUAAGAUUUAUUACAAAUAGUUGAAGUGAAAAAGUACCAUAUUUAUAAUAAAAAAGGUCAGUCACGAGAGAAAUUGAGAUAAGAAAAUCGAGGCAGCUAUUUAGAUAAGCAGGGGCUAAUAUUUUUUAAAAUCGGAGAUUAUCGUGUUUAGGUCAGCAUAUCUACCCUGAACUUCAAAUAUUUUCAACAGAAUUGUAUGAACUUUUUCCUUAAAGAGAGAUAAAGUACAGUAUCUUGAUUAUGCCGUCAAAUAUGAAAUAUAACCUGCCAUAAUUCAAGCGAUUAUGGGUAGGAAAAAGUUUGAUGAUAAAUACAUGAAAAUAUAUGUAAUAAAUAACUAUAAAAAUGGUAGUGGUUCUUUAUCUACUAUUCCUGGUAAAACUGGAAUUUGGAACUGUUCAUUUUUGAGGAGGGAGGAAAACCAGAGUACUGGGUGAAAACCUGUUUGUCACCAUUGCUCAUUAUCACUCUUUCUACUAAACAAAGGAGCAUAAAUUUUAACUCUAAUUUAAACUAUGAAUAAAUUGAGUAGCACUAUGUAUGUAUUGAGGUAGUAGUCAAUUUAUUUCUCUCUGUAGGUUAUACAAGUUUAUAGAAACAGAUAAUUCAUUCAUUAAAAAUAACUAAAUCUGAGAAAAAGGGCAAAAAUAGUAGAACUAAUACAUUGCCCUAAUAGAUGGGAAAAAAAGGUUUCUAACUAAGUAGAUACAACUUUAAAAAUUUCGUGAUUCAACGGGGUUAAAAUGCUAGCGGCCAUCUUGCUGCCGCGCUGCCAACCAACGUUGAUAAAUGUCAUCUAUUUUAAUUAUAAGAACUAUUGUGUCAAUACUGGAGGAAAGCUGAGAAGAAAAAUUAAACUUAAAACGUUACUCAACGUUUUAAUGUUUCGAGCAUCAUUAUCAAGAGUGAGAAACGUUAAUUUUCAAAGUUGUUAAAAAAUUCGAAGUUUGAUUAUUGACAAUUAGGAAUUAAUUAAUUACUUUAAUUUCUCUCGGUGUAGUAUACUGUUCUUUGUUAGUCUGUCUGAGUAACGAUUGCCAGACUCGAACCUUUCUCUUCAUAGUUUUCUGGGCAUCCAUUCAAUAAGCCUGUUUUUUUUGUUUGUCUGUUUGUUUGUUUUUUCAUGAAGAAAGUAAAUGUCCAUUCAUGAAGAAAGUGAAUGUCCAAUAAUAUUAAUCAAAGUGUCUUAAAUUUUACAGGUUUUGUUUGUGAGGUUUGUAAAAAAACCUUUUCACGCACCUGGGAGGUAUGUAUAGUCUAG